GAUCCAGCCGCAACAGCAGUACAGUUUCCUGCGCCGAAAGUCUCAGAUGGAGCUUAAUUGAUCAUGGAUGCCAACAUUAUUGUUAUGGGGACGGAGAGCGUUGGUAAAUCAGCAUUAACGGUGCGGCUCUUGACUCGGAGAUUUAUUGGAGAGUAUGGAGAUAUUGAAUCCAUCUACAGCCGCAGUUUUAUGGUGGAUGGAAGAGAAAUCACGCUCAAUAUUUGGGAUUCACCUUAUUCUGAGGAUCUCUCCAUGGAGACAUCGCUGUUUGAGAAGAGGGUCCAGUGGGCAGACGGCUUUGUUCUCGUCUACAGCAUCUGCGACAGGGCCAGCUUCAACUCCGUCAGCAGGCUCAUACAGACUAUCAAAUCCAUCAAAGACUACCUAAAUGUAGGCAAAGUGCCCAUAGUGAUUGUGGGGAACAAGAGGGACCUACACCACAGACGGACGGUCCAGAGCGAGGAGGGUAGGCUCCUGGCUCUCACCACAGACUGCCAUUUCUAUGAGGUUUCAGCGGCUGAGAACUACCACAGCGUGCUCAUGGUUUUUCAUGGGCUGGUGGACAGGAUGAAGGAUUCAAAGUCAGCCACAAAGAGGCCUUUGGGAUUCAAGGGCAUAGUAAAAAGCAUGUCUGCAGUGUUCGCCAGAAGACGCAUAGACUCCUUGUAAUAAGAUCACGAAAGCAGGGGAAGAGGUCGUCUGUGAGCUGGUGUAAUGGAUGUACUCUGCAGUGGAUGGAUAGCACGGCCUGUCAGUGACACGUCAUGUGGUUUGUGGCGUGCUGUGCCAAAGGAAACAGUGAACUGGCUCGAGGCUGAGACACUGCAGAGUUGGGAGUUGCUCUACAAGACUAGGACUCAUGUUUGAGAUCAACAAAAGAUAAAAGACAACAUGAUUUUGCAAUGGUAUUUUGUGAUUAGUUAUUCACUGUCCUAGCCUGAUGAAGCAAGGACAAAAAGCAAAGCAAAGCAAGCAUACACUUCACUACAGCUAGGUAUGCCAAAUGCAUUUUAUGACCAUGUUUGAAAUAUGUUAUAAGAUAUAGCUUUGGAUGGACAAGUUCUAUGCACGAUGUGAAAUGCCUUUACUUAUAACUUAUUCACCAAAGAUGUGCUUAGACCGAAGGGAAAAAAACAACAACAACAAAUAUUUAAACUGCAAGUUACAUUUUUAUAUUGCUUUGAUAAGUUACAGUAUAUUUUAUUGACUAUUAUUCUGUACAUGUGUUUGAUGAUAUAUUGCAUAGAAUGUAGCUAACCUUUUUAAAAUAAGAAAAUCCCCUGGGACAUAAAAGAUAUUUGUAUUUAUUAAAGUCUCAUCACUGAGCUGUCCCUUUUAUG